AUUAAAAUAAUUAGUGAGCUAAUUAUUGUGCCAGUAACUUAAUAAUUACAUUGUUGUUAAACAAAAAUAUAUAAAAUGUCCAAUAAUUCCAUGGGUCAAGCAUCUAACAUGCCAACAAUAGGAGCAAUAAACACUCAAGGGAUACAAUUUGUCAACAAUCCGCUUCAGAGCCCACAGCUACAAAAUACUUCGAUACAAGGAUCACCUUCACAGCAUAGUCCAAUGGGUACACAGGCGCAAGUAAGCGGGAAAGUAAAUCAAACAGGUGGAGGCGAUCAAACAACUCAGCUUCUCAGCAGACCACGACUACAGGAGCUAGUAAGAGAGGUGGACCCCACUGUGCAAUUAGAUGAAGAAGUUGAAGAGAUGCUCCUUCAGUUGGCCGAUGACUUCAUCGAUACUACCUUAAAUGCAGCUUGUUCACUUGCAAAACACAGACAUGUUCUGAAUGUGGAGCUAAGAGAUGUGCAAUUACAUUUAGAGCGACAAUGGAACAUGUGGAUUCCUGGUUUUGGAAAUGACGAACUGCGACCAUACAAACGCGCGGCAGUCACUGAAGCUCAUAAGCAAAGAAUGGCUCUAAUCAGAAAAACUAUUAAAAAGUACUAAUCAGACUGUCCUUUAAAUGAUAAGUUAUAUAUAUCAAUAAAGAAUAUCUCAAUGUA